AUGUGCUAUAAAACUGGUAUUUUUCAGCCCCUGGGGGCUAUUUUAUAAUCUAGCCCGAAAUUCGAUAUUACCGGUGCUGUAGUGAACGGGAAAACGAGAACAGGUCCUUGAGUGCUUCUUUAAGGCGGCUCCGACGCAGUGAGUUUCAAGUCAUUUACAAGGGUUCAGCUGCUUCGAAACAGACACUCCAUUUUUCAAUAUUUUUGAAUGAAAUUCAUAUAGUAUGUUCAGAAGGGGAAGGUGAUUCUAGAUGUUGCAUCUUUGAUAUCAGUGAAACACGUUCUAUUAUUAAGAAGCUUCUGAUCCCAGUGAUUACAUAAAAUUUAAGGGACGAAAGUGUGUGUGCUCACGAUUUGAAAACAUUGGUACCUACGUUAUAGGUUUGACACCGAGAAUUGGGAUUAUUAUAGCGUUGGGAAUAGGUAUCAUUUCGGCGAAGUAUAUAGGGAAUUUAGCGAUGAACUUUAAAAUCAUCGAUAUGUCUAGGAAAUAUGUUUUUGAGAAUGAUAAUUUGCCGGAAUUUAUACCUACAUUUUCAUCUGAAUUUUAUGACCCAUGAAUUUACCCAUUUCGCCAAACCUUCAAUUUGUAUAAGAACAUUACUCUUAUUGACGUGAUAAUGAGAAGGGAAUAUAGAUUUACUCGGUAUUCAAAGGAAUUUGCGCCAACGUUGGCGAUCCGUCCACAUAUUGGCUCACUGGCUCAGUCUUGUUGUAACACGCGUCGAGUGCGUAUGUGGAGAUAUGUCAUCAACAAAAUCGCUACCCGCGUGGACAAACUAAAAAGUUGUAGAAUUUAGAGGUAUACCAGGCCCAUCCAAUAAUAUGGAACACCUCUCGCAAGGACCAUAAAAAUAAAAAUUUAGUAGCCGAUACAUUUUGCAAUAUUCAACAGAAUAUGAAAAUGAUUUAUUCUAUUGAGGAAUUAAAAAAGAAAGAGAAACGCUCAUUGAUGAGCACAUAUCGCCUAUAUCGAAAGAAAAUUUUGGACUCUAGUCGUUCUGGGUCAUCGGUGGAUGAUAUUUUUAAACCGAAUUGGUUCGCCUAUGAUCUAAUGGACAGCUUUCUUGCUCCGAUUUAUGAUAAAACAGAUACAUAGACGAUUAAUACAGAGAGUAUGAAGUUUCCUGACGAGGACAGCAUUCGAAAUAAUUUGUCAGCUGGCGAUACUUCCACACCAUCAGUUAAAAAACGCAGAGUAUCUGAAAUUUAUGAAGUACGAGCUCAAAUGAAGACACCUGUAAAUGUCCUUAAAAAUAUCUCAGAUCGACCGCGCGUUGAAGUGGAUGAGGUAGAUUUAUAUUGUCAACUACUGGCCAAAAAGACUAAAAAAAUUUAAUGAGCCACAAAGGGAGAUAAUAAUGCAUGAUAUAGACGAACUAAUUUUUCGGAAGCGAAAGGACUCUUACUUAAAUAUCAGUAGCCCUUCUAGCUGCAGCACAUACUCGUACGCAAGAUGUACCCCGGAUUCCUUGGCACCUACACCAUCCCCUUCAUCUCACGUUUUACAAAGCACUGUAUACCAGAUUGCUAAUGAUUCUGGUGAUUAUACAAUUGUACAACCACAUUAUAGCCAAGCAGAAUAUGUGACAGAUCCUUCUACCUCCUCCACUUCUACUCAAAAGGUGGCAAUUAUAUCAAAUGACAUUGUCUCACAGGCACUUACUCUCUCUCACACACAAAACAAGAAUUAAGUGCUAAUGUAAGAUCUCAUUUUACUUUAUAAUUUUUAUUCAGUAAAUGUGUUUUUGCUUUUUAAUUAUGGUUUUAUUUUUAACAUAAUAUAUAAAAAAUACUGACCUUUACAAAAGAACGCAAUGCCUCACAUAGCGCUUUACAGACUUCGCGCACGAUCAGUGAUAUAACUUGUGGG